CGCGCAGUCAACUUGUCACUGGCAUGGCGGCCCCGUGGUCCUGGAUUAGCUUGGACGGCAAGAGCGUUGCGGCGAUUCCAAGCCAUAAUCGUAUCGAUGUUGUGGACACACAAGACUUCUCCCUCCUCGGACGAAUCCAAGGGAACCUCAUGUCGUCGGAGCCGUUCCAUGAGCAUGCGAUCACACGAGCAAUUUGGAACUCGCGCCGUGUGUGUUUGCUGUCUCUGUCGUCGACGGCCUUGCUCCUGCACACCCCCGACCGUGAAAAGAAGAUUCCGUGCAGUAGUUUCACGUUGCAAUGGCAUCUCCAGCUCGACCCCGACUCGGUGGCCGACGUGGCGUUCUCACGGUGUGGCCAGUCGUUGCUCCUCGGCGGGACCAAUGGCCUUUCUGUGUGGAAUGCCACAUCGCCCACGGACUUUCAACUGUGGUGGGAGGACACUGCCCAUCCUUGCGACUUUGUUGUGUUCUCCCCCAGUCGAACGGUGUUUGCUUCGCACGAAAUGCUGUCCACCGACGUAUACGUGUGGCGGCACGCCGGUCGGGCUGGAAGCGUCCCUCGCGCGCAAGUGCUCGGCCACGACGAAGAGGUCGAAUACAUCAGCUGGAAGCCGACGCAUUAUCAGCCUCAAACGAGUGACGACCAUGACGGGACGCGGUCAUCGCAGUGGGACGAACCGGCCUGUGUGCUCCUGACGUUGACGCGGUCCAAGACCGUUCGCAUCUGGACAGAGCAGCCAUCGUCAGAUCGGUCGGACGGCAGGAGUUCGGACGUUGUCAUGACGUGCAUCGUGUUUCUGCAGCCAUCGCUGGAAAUGGACAUUAUUCAUGCGCAAUGGAUCGUCCCUCGUGCGCAGAACAUCAGCCAAGAGUACUUUGGGCCAGCAGCGUCGGCGGCGGCCUUACCACGCGAACGACUCCAAGACUGGCUCAGUGUUGUGGACUCCAAGGGCGUCCUUCAUGUGUGGACAGUGGACGCCCUGCACUUGCCCACCCAGAGCCAGCUCCUCCAGACUGGCUUUGUCUUUAAAGUGGACGGCGAAGACGAAACCUUGGGCGGCACGUCGACGUCGCUCGUGGCGUCAUACCAGAUCGCAGGGUACGCGUCCCAGGGAUUCCUCUCCAGUGUGUCCAUCCUCCUCGAGCGGACGGACCAAGUGCUCUUGAGUUACCAGGUGGCAUGGACUCCCCGCCAUCCGCCCGUACUCAAGGAGAAGAGCUGGUAUCGUGGCCACACGGCGCCGAUUGCCGCGCUGGCGACGCAUCCGUCGUUGCCGCUGGUAGUGUCGGUGAGCCACCCUCGCGACGGCGUGAGCGAGCUCAUCAUUUUCUGGCUGUCGCUGUCCAUGUUUACGAGUGAAUCGCAUUUUGUUCCGUCUUGCAUUCUGCAAGGCCCUGCGAUUGCUGCCGUGCAUUGGAUCCCGACGCGGCAUUUCCAAGCGCGGCCGCUUCUGCUCGUGUCGUACGCUAGCGGACGAUGGGAAAUUUUCAGUCCGUACGACUCGCAGCUCAACACGUUGCUCGAGUCGCCGCGCAUUCGCCAUCAGCACUCUGCCGACGCCAGCAGCUACAGCUUCUCCCGGCUUCGAAACGAUACAAUGGUAUAUCCAUGGACGUACCACGAGCACGUGCUCGGCGAGUCUGGCUUUGAAUACGAAGUAUCGUUGGUGCCGCACCCCGAGUUUGGUCUGGGACUGACAUUCACGCUCGUCAACGACAAGAUCGUCGUCGCGGGUUUCACGACUGGAAAGAGCGACAAAACUAUCGACGACGGCGGCAGCGGCGACGCCAAGGACGAAGCCAAGGACGACCGUGUGCAGCCGCCAGGUUUGGAACUCCCCGCGGCCGCGAGUCGACAGAUUUCGCUCCACGACGAAUGCAUCUCGGUAAACAACAUCUCGAUGAAGGGCAAGCUCCCCAUCGACUUAAAAGCUGCUGUUGCUGCUGCGCCACCGCACACUCCGGUCAUGAUGCGGUUCCGAACGCCGGGAUCGCGACCGGGGGUGCACGAUCCGUCGUCCGCGAUGGCAAAGAUGCAGCAUUGGUCGAUUUCGUCGCAGGACGGCGAGUCCGAUGACAGCAAUCGAAGCGAGCAGGGCGAUGUCGACGACGUUGACGACGUACACGAUGUUCCGGUCAAGCCGCAUGGCCGCGGCAACACUACGAGCAACCGCCGACCUCGACCGAGACGAUCGACGCAAGUCGUUGUGAGUGGCGGGUGCAUCACGAAAUUUGGGGGAUGGUCGUCUUUGGGCCACGUUGAGCUGCCUUGCACGUACGCCGACUUGGCGGUCGCCCCGCUGUACUCGGACAAAGGCGGGUUCGUCUCGGAUGCGGUGGUCCUCUUUGGCGUCACCACCGACACGCGCGAUCUGCACUGCUGGAUGGGAGUCGAGUAUCGCAAGGGCGAGUUUGAAUUUUUCCAGCUCAACAUCACGGCACCACCAGACAGUUUGACUGGCAUCACGGCCGUCGGGGCCGAGCGAGACUACCGCCAGCGGGCGUUUGAAACGUCCUCGACCCUCGACAGCAAGACGAGCGCAACUCCUGUCUGGAAUGCGCUGCUGUUCAUCGGCGACGACGCCGGGUGCAUUCACCACUGGAGGUGCCGUGUGUCUCAGCACUGUCGAACGAUGGACAUGUCGCUUGUGCAUUCGUCGACGACGCAGGGACUGCCCGAGGCGGCGUCGACCACGGCAAUGCUGCAUCCGUCUGCGUUCUUCCGUCGAGGGUAUGCAAUGCCACCGUCGACGAGCUAUGCCGAUGGACUCGACGCCGCGCGUCGUCCAAAGGGAGUGUUUCACAUGGAACUCGACGACCCGAAUCGACUGGCAGUCGUGUACACGGACCAGCCGGAAUCGCUGUACAUUUGGGAAGGCGAGUCGGGGCUCGGGAUGCUGCGGCUCGAAGCCAUCAUUGCGUCCGAGGGCCGCGGGCACAUUGUCGGGUUUUGCUGGUGUAGCGGCCAUGUCGAAUUCCACGUCGACCCUCUCGCCGUGCACUUUGCCACUAGCUUGGUCAUCUACUCGUACGACUUGCACCUCCAGACGUGGGUGCCCGAAAGCGAACAGUCGGUGUUUUACCCGCUCUUUGACUGUACGCGCGAUGCGUCCGCGCUGAUUCUGGCUGCCGGGUCGCCGUUCCCUGGCAGCACUGUGUCGUACCACGAAGUGCCGACGGUGCUGGGCAAAUGGGACGUGCACCGCCACGCCGUCACGACGGACCAGCCCGACGCAUCCGCGAACGACCAAAAGCACUGCCCAGUGUGGCACCCGUACACGGUUUUGACCACGUUGUGCGGGAUGCCCGCUCGCGUCGGGCUCACGCACACGACGCUGGCCGACUACCGUCCGGCGUACGACGUUCAACUCGCGUUCGGCGAGGCCGAGCAGAUGCUCAAGUUGCUCGCGCAUGUGCUGGAAGACGACGCGUCCACCGACCUCAGUGCCGAAAACGGCGUGCUCGUAUAUCUCCAUGAGAAGAAAACGUUCGGUCGGCGGGCGUCCGUCGGUCGGUUCACCACGACUGCAGGCGCCCCGACCGGAUUGAGUCGCGCCGAGGAUCUGUUUGCUCCGUCCCACGGGUCGAUGCCGUCGACUGGCAACACGUCGGCGGCGGCGGUCGCGGCCAGUCCAACACAUCAAGAGAGCUUGACCGCUCGAGAAAUCGACACGCUUGUGACUGCCCUCGACGCCGUCCUGCGGAAACAUACGCAAAAGGUGUCGGUGCGGUAUGAAGAGCAGGAGCACCGCAACGCGUACGUUCUGUUCGACUCGUUUGAGCUCGAGCACGUGCUGGAACUGAAAAGCUUGAUCUUGUUUGUGCAAAAGAUGCAAUCGUGCCUCCUCAACGGGUACGACCUCCCGGCGCAGCGAUACUUUGUCGCGUACCUCCUCACGACGUGCCUCCAAGAAGUGGUGCAAAAGACCGACGACUACGUUGCCGUGUCGAACGAUCCGCUUGCCCAGUACGAAGACAGCACGUCGAGCUUUGUCCCGACGGUCGAUUCAUAUUUGCACGAAAUUCCGUCGUCCAGCGUCAUCUGGGCGCUGCAUUCGCAGUCGCAGAAUCUCCUUGUCGACCAGUGCAUCCACCCGCAGGCGCUCUGGGACGACUUGCGCCCGCUUUGGCCUGGGAUGUGGGUGCGCGACCCCGUGAAACUUCGAUCCAUCGUUGAAAAGGUGGCGAAAUGCACCUUUACCCGCACGAAAGACGCGAUGAAUGUGAGCUUGCUGUACAUUGCGCUGAAGAAGCAGACAAUUCUCGGCGCGCUUGCCAAGGUUUCAAAGGUCGAGUCGAACAAGACACUGGCAGAAUUUCUCGCCCAUGACUUUACCGACGAGCGAUGGAGUGUUGCCGCCAUUCGGAACGCGUACUCGCUGUUGCGGAAAAAACAGUACGAGCUCGCGGCUGCGUUUUUCCUGCUGCCCACGCCGCCGCGCCUCCAAGAGUCUCUCCGCAUCAUCAUCGGGCGGUUGCAUGACCCAAGCUUGGCCAUGGUGGUGGCCCGCCUCGUCGAAUGCGACCAGGCGCCGCCGACGGCCUAUGGCUUAGACGACGGGUCCGACAUUUUCCACGUCGGCGAGCAAACGACCGAGAUCCUGCGCAACGAUCUCGUCCCGCUCUUUCGAUCGCAGCACAACCGGUGGCUCGAAAGCGCCGCGCUGUGGUGGCUCCACGAAUUUGACCAGGCCGCGGCGGUCCUCCAGCCGUCCAGCCAACUCGUCGACGUCGUGGACAAGUCGCUGUUGGAUACGAUGCAAACGCGCGCGUCGGCGGCGCCCGCAUCGUUGUCGCUCGUGCUCCGCACCAAGAUGGCGAUGGAUUUCUUUAUCAACUUGACGUCGCUUCCGCUGUACUUUCAGUUUUCGUACUGCGAAGUCCAGCAGCCACUGCUCAAGUUUGCGUAUGCCAAGCUCGUGGACAUCCACCCAACGCUCACGGAAGAGGAGGUGCUGACGACCAAAACGGACAUCGACCUCGCGUACUCGUUCACGGCCUACGUGUGCAAGCACACCGGGCUGAGCGACACGGCGCUGCUGCAAAUGCUGCAAGCGCGCCACUUGCUUCAAGUUCAUGUCAAGAAGAAUUUUCUCUACAUGCUCGACACGCACCACUCGUCGUCGUCUGUGCUGUCGACGGACCAGGGGCCGAUGCGAUCGAGGCUCAACAGCCAACACAGCCAGGUGAUGUCUCCGCGCGCCCACUUUUUUGGGUCGCCCCGCAUCGCGCGAAACAAUCUGGCGCGCAGGACGAGCUCGACGCCGUUCUCGCUCGACUUUACGGCCAACGAGGUUGCCCCAGAUACGACAGAGUGCGACUACCUGCUUCUCCCGGAACACGAGCAUCAUGGCGGCGACUCGGACAAGGCCCCAACGUCGUUGUGGCCGAAACCUGAAAUUGCAGACAUGGAGUGCCGGCGGUGGUCGUCGUCGGCAUUUGUCGGCAAGAUGAUCGGGAUGCGCGUGGCGCGCGAGAUGAUUUCGCACUUUCGCUUGCAAGUCGAUCCGUCGGGCGACAAUCACCACGGAUUCUUAAAGGAACUGCUCGACCCGCUCGCGGUGCAGUUCAAAGUGGACCGCCAGUACAUUCUCGAAGCCACCUUGAGUGUGCUCCAACCCCACGCGCCUCUCCACUUGGUCGAGUGCUGCUUUGUCCUGUCCGAGCUGGAUCGGACCCACGUCAUGCAGGAAUGGAUCCAGUGCGUGAGUUUGAGCAUGCUCCACGCCACGUCGCACUUUCCAACCGUCGACUGGACCGACGACGUCCUGCGCGAAUGGAAGCACCUGACGGUGCAACUCCGCCACCUCCAACUCCUCUGCGACGACAACGUGCUCUCGUUUGCAUCGCCGAUUCGGCGCACGAUGCAGUGGGCGAUGCAACUCGGGUUGGUAGUCCUCGCGUGGUGCACCAACCACCCCGAAAAGCUGCAUGACGUCAUUACCACGGACAACUCGACUGUCCUCGACGCGUUUCUCGUCCAGCCCGUGGACGCCGCUGUCCACCCGUGCCACCCACUCAACUUUGGCUACACGUUCUUGACGCAGUCGACGCACCUCACCAGCCAUCUCCUUCGCGUCCGACAGCUCUACUCGACGAUCCUCAUGACCCAGAUAGUCCGCACGGUGUACUGCAACGACCAGCAGGCGCUCCUCACGAGCCCCGACAACUUUAACGACGUCACGGACAACGGGUGCAAUGGGCUGUACAUGCCCAAAACGUUGUGGCGGGCAUGGACGCGCCAUCCGCUGGCUGGGCUCAAGCGAUGGUACCUCGCGAUGGAGGCGCAUGUCCAACUGGAGCUGCAUCGCAUUGUGCUCGCGGAAGCUGCCUGCGAGUGCGGCCACUAUGGCAUCGACUUGGCGGUGCGGCCGUGGCAGUCGCUGGCCGUGGACAACGCCGUUGCCCCGCUCGACCCCAACGCGGUUGCCGACGAGGACGUUCUCCUGUGGAUGCAGCAUCCGUUGUCCGGCGUCCCGACCACCCUCCGGAGGUACCGAGUCGAUCCUCGCGUGUACGUCCAAUGCUUCACGCUCAAAGACGCGUACGUGUGGCUGCACGACCGCGGCCUGUGCCAUACAUUGCAUGACACGCACGUGUGGCUCGGGCGGUGGUGCAAGAGCCACAAGGUGCGCUGGCUCGUCCGGCGGCGCAGCGCCAUGGCAUCCCACGGCACCCACUCGAACGGGGCAAGCGCGAUGCCGCUUUCAACUUCGCACCAUGGCCAGAAUGGAAAGAUCUCGCUCGAGUUGAUUCCAGACGAAGCAUUCUGCUUUGUCUCGCCGUGGGAAGUCGACGCCGAGCUCAACGUUCACGUGUACAUGCAUGGAGAGACGAUCAACGGCAAUGGAGGCGGGCAUCACGACCACCAUCAUCUUGCCGAACCCCAUGGCAUCGUGCCAGACGCUUCCCAACGCCCUGCCGCCGACCCUGCUUGCGAGACGACUCGCCUCGACUUGGGCUGGGAUACCUUGCUGCCGCUGACAUCCCAUCUUUGCGACGAUGCAGCCAAGGUUAUGUUCCCCAACGCAGAGCUCAAGGAGCUGUGGCAAGCCGUCUGCGGAGAGGGGUGGCUCGUGACUGCUGUCCAGCACUUCGACGCCGACGGGCUGUACAUGCGUCAGAGCCAGCAUGGCAGCUCGUCGACGAAGCAACGGUCGCGAUAUCUCGCCAACCUGUUCAAGCAAGUCCAGCGCAACCGCUUGUUUCGGUACUUGGGGCUGCCCCAUCGCCUUGUCGCAGUCAUCACGGUCGAGUUGGUCGAAGGCAAAGACUUGCUUGCGAGCGACAUCCUCUCGCACACGGCCGACCCAUACGUUUUCAUGACGCUCUCGACCGAGUCACCGACAAGUCCGCCGCCGCCGACUCCGACUGCAUGGAGCAUCAAGUCGUACCGGAGUCGCCAUCUCGUUGCGACCCUCAAUCCGAAAUGGGGCACGGAGCACGACAGGUUUCCAUUUCGGUUGGCGCUGCCAGUCCACGAACCCCACGACGGCCUCCCCAAGACGUGUCGAGAAGCGCUGCUCCAGCACGCGUACGACGGCCCCCCCACGGCACUGCAUUGUGCCGUGUACAACAAAUGCAAACUUCGUCAACAUCCGUUCAUGGGGAGCGCCAAGAUCAACUUGAAGCGACUCACAGCUGCCCAGCCCAUGGACGGCUGGGUCGACUUGGACAACGUGUCGACGGGGUCACUCCAUAUCAAGAUCUCGCUCAAGUACCAGCUCAUGUCGUCGUCUUCGUUUGACCUGGACUUCGGCAUGGUACGUUGUCCUUGACGAGUUGGACUUGUGGGAUUGACGAAUGCGGUGGUGGGCUUGCGUAGGGGCGCGAGAUGGCAUGUCAAGUGUGAGGCUUCUGCCGGCGGAAUGAACAGUCCAUAAAUAUCAGUAAAGGUGCAUUAUUGAUCGCGUUGA